CUUGAAGAGGUCAGAUUUCGCCAGUAGUGGUAAUAAUUUUGUCGAAAAUUGGGAUUGUGCGGGUUCAGGUGGGGCUUAUCGUCGACAGCUGUUGCCGGCCCGGAAGCUACGUUUAGCCAAACCGACAGCAAUAUCGCUGCCAAGAGCCAAGCCCAGAUCGACGACCUUUUUUGAGCUAUGAACUUUCGAUGCCGAUCUUCUGAUGGGCUGAUUUAGGUGACCUCAUUGGUAGUAGGUGGUAUGGAAUGGACUGAUGAGUAGCACUGCAAGAUUCAUGUCUCAACUGCCCGCUUCGAGCUAGAUCCCAACCCCGUCGGCUAUCUAGACAAGUCCUUCCUUUCGUCCAAUGCCGUAUGAAAUUUGGAAUAUUCAUCUUGAGUGACCUACGGCAACCUACAAGAUGCCAUCCCGACAACACGGCCGUCAAUAUGACCUCGUUGUCUUCGGGGCGACGGGCUACACCGGGAAGCUCACCGCAGAACAUAUCUCGACACAUUUACCGACAGAUAUGAGCUGGGCGGUAGCAGGACGUUCUCGGGACAAGCUAGAGCAGGUCGUUGCAAAGUGCAAGUUGUUGAAUCCCGAUCGCCGGCAGCCUGACAUCGAAGUCUGUAGCCUCGAUGAGAAUGAAUUGGCCACUCUCGCCAAGAAGACCUUCAUCCUCAUCACCACAGUCGGCCCCUAUGGGAUCCACGGGGAGCACGCCUUCAAGGCGUGUGCCGAGAACGGCACCCACUAUCUUGACGUCACCGGCGAGGUUCCAUAUGUCGCGAGGAUGAUCCGGAAGUACGAGGGCGCAGCCAAGGCCAGCGGCGCCAUCAUGCUCCCUCAGAUCGGCAUCGAGUCCGCGCCUGCCGACCUCAUCACCUUGUCCCUGGCCUCGGCCCUGCGGUCCAAGUUCUCCGCGCCGACGCGGGACGUGACCGUCUCCAUGCACAACAUCAGCGGCACACCCUCGGGCGGCACCCUCGCCUCCGCCCUCACCCUCCUGGACAACUUCACCCUCAGCGAGCUCCGCGACGCCUACCGGCCCUACUCGCUCUCCCCCGUCCCUAACCCCGGCGCCCCCUCCCCCCCGCGGUCCCUCCUCUCCCGUAUGUCGGGACUGGUGACGUACCCGACGCUGGGCCUGCAGACGACCUCGAUCGCGAACCGCACAGACGGCGCCCUGGUCGAGCGCACCUGGGGCAUCCUCCAACAGCAGGAGCAGCAGCAGCAGCAGCAGGGGGCCGGGGGCUCGCUCCCCGCUCCUUACGGGCCCAACUUCUCGUUCCGCGAGCACAUGAAGCCGCGCAACUGGCUCUCCGGCGUGGCCAUCCACCUCGGCAUCCUCCUGCUCGGCCUCACGCUCGCCAUCCGGCCGCUGCGCGCCCUGGUCGCCCGGUUCGUCUACCAGCCCGGCGAGGGCCCCAGCGACGAGGACGGCACCAAGGACGAGGUCGAGUUCCGUGGCAUCGCCGAUCCCGAUGUCGAGGGGCCGGUCGCCGAGAGGGCGUACUGUAGGGCGGUUUUUAGGGGGAGGAGUAUGUAUUAUUUGACUGGUGUGCUGGCUGCCCAAGCGGCAUCGACCAUUCUCGAAGAUGACAUCGAGCUUGAAGGGGGCAUCUACACGCCCGCGUGCCUCGGCCAAGGCUUUAUCGAUCGUUUGAACGACGCAGGAUUCCGUUUCGAGACGAAGAUGGUACCGGUUUAGGGAAGUCGUUUGACGGAUGCCCUAGGACCUUUGCUUCACCUAGUGUUUACCUCUUAAAAUAGUGGGUAAAUCUAUCUAUAUAUCUCUAUAUCUAGCCUAAUGUAUCAUCUGGUAUUUCUAAUCCCGAACUAAACGCCGCCCAAGUGCCUUUCUCGCAUGCUUCCCACAUUCAAAAUCAGAUCACACCAGGCGCUCCUCGCUAUCCGACCUGCGGAAUGACCAACCCCUAGGAUCCCACCGGCCCCUCCGCCCACGCGGCGCCGACACAAGUUGCUCGCCGCUACCGCCGCCGAUGACGACCUCUCCGCCGAUGACCCUCCCCCUGACGCCCUGCCGCACGCCGUCGAGCCUGAGGUCCUCCAUCAGCAAGCUCAGCAGCACGACCGGCACGCACGCCGCGGCGGCCACCGCCAGCAGCGCCGUCAUAGUCUCCUGAUACGCGCGG